CAUGGCUACGUGUAGCAAUCUUGUCAUAACAUAGCGGUGUAGCAUGUUCUACAUAAAUUCUGAUCGAUUUUUGAAUCAAGACAGGCUACUGAUAGAUACGUUGAUGUUGUAUGUAUUUCAACAGCCUCGCUUUAACGUCAGCAUUUUGCACAUUCUACACUCAUUAUAAUGAUCUUGUUUGAAAAUACAAGCUAUCACUGGGUCAAAUGGUGUUUGACGUGUUUCAUGCCAAAUGGGAGGCCGUUCUUUACAUUUCGGUUACUCCGUUUACCUCAUUAUUAUCAAGAUAUAGGGAUCAUGACGAACUGACCUGUCAACUGGGAAUGCUUACUCUUCCUAGUUACCUGAUCCCACCUCUGGUAUCUCCACGGGUGCUUGUUUGUUCUUCUCUUAAUUUUUUAAUCUUUAUGUGAUUUGUGAUAUUGAUCACUGUUACAUAUCUGCACUUGUUCAUUAUGAUGUUGAUUAAUUAAAUAAUUAAUAGAUAAUUCAGACUAUAGGGCAGUACUUGUAAUGUUUUGUAUGGCGCUAUUGGAUGACAUCACUUUAAUUAUACUCCUUUUCCUGUUUGAUGCUUUGUUAUCAGAUUUAUCACACAGUGCCGAUAUUAUAUUAUCUCUUAAAACCUUGAUAUUACUUUAAAAGAGUUGUUUGUGCUAUGAUUAAGCCAUGGUCGUGUUUGUAAAGGUCAUUCUUUUAUGUUCUUCAACACUUCUGUCAUGGACUUUGGAGGGGGAAAAUGUUUGUAAAAGAACCGUAUCUAAAAGUGGCAAGAUUGUGUUGCAGAAGGAGUGUUGCUCCGGAUUUAUGGAAAACAAUAAUAAGUAUAUAGAAUGCUUGCCUGGAUUUCAUAGAACAAAUUGCAACAUUAAAUGUCCACCGGGGUAUUACGGCUCAGGGUGUCUGGGAUCAUGUCAGUGUGAUGAUGAUACAGAAUACUGCCAUCAUGUGUGUGUGGUUGUGUCGUACAAACACCUGUACCAGACAGCAGUAGAACAGAUCUCAACAGUUCGGACCCAGUACCGACAAAGUCUCUGUGUUUAAUUUCUUCAGAUGCUACCUAUGCAUUUAAUACCACAGCUACAAAUGAAUUAGAUACUCAAGAAAUAGGUAAAUAUCAAAUGUCCCUGUAAACUUUCUGUUUGUCGUUAUAUUUGUAUAUUGCCCAUUCUUCAUAUCAUACUAUCUUUGACGUCAUAAAGU